AGCCUCGUGGGCCAGCCCCCCUCUCGCGCACUGUUGGUUCCGGCCGGGCCUGAAGUUGAAGCGGCGGACGGGGAGGUGCAGUCCAAGUCCGCUGGGAGCUCUUAAAGGCGCCGCUCCCGCCGCAAUGCAGCUGACCGUGAAGGCACUCCAAGGCCGGGAAUGUAGCCUCCAGGUGCCCGAGGACGAGCGAGUCUCCACCCUGAAGCACCUGGUGUCUGAGAAAUUGAACGUCCCGGUGGUCCAGCAGCGGCUGUUGUUCAAGGGCAAGGCUUUGGCAGAUGAGCUUCGACUUUCAGACUAUAGCAUUGGGCCAAACUCCAAGAUCAACCUAGUGAUCAAGCUUCCUGAUGAGGGAACUGCUCGACAUCUGUCCUCAAAGCCUCAGGCCCAGCCUCAACCACUCCCCACCUGGUUGCUGGUCUCUCAGAUCUUGGCCCGACACUUCAGCACAGCUGAUACCAGGAGAGUCCUUGAACAGCUGCAAAAGGACUAUGAUCGAAGUCUACGCCUCCUGAGCUUGGAUGAUAUUGAACGUCUGGCUACCCGUAUGCUCAACUGUACUGUGACUGAGCCUGUGGAAGUUGGCUUUCUGGACUAACUACCCCCAUGCCUCCUCCCUGGAAAACAAAACAACACUAGGGAUGGGUGGGGUAGUGGGGGUUGGUUUUCAUCCCGAAAGCUGACCCUCUGUCCCUGCUCCCUCCAUCCACCCCCAGUGGGUGUGGAAGGAAGGAAGACUGAGGGGAGUGGUGUUAGGCAAGGGGGUUGGUUUUUGUGGUGCAGAGUGGGAUGGUGGUCAGGGACUGGCUACCGUGACACCUUCCCCUCCCCAGUUUUUUCCCUGGGAUAUGACUCCUAACCUUAUGCUCUCACCAUCAGACUCUGCAUUGCAGACUUCAUUGGCUCCUUGCCCCCAGCGCUGCUUCCCUUUGAGCACAGAAUCAUGGACUUUUUUCUCCAAGUGUAUAACCCUGUUCCCAAGAUGAACAAAAGCCAGCUCAGAAAGGGUGGCCUUACAGAGGAUCAGAAAGCCUUAGGGGAAGGGAAGCCUUCCUUCCUCCAGCAUGGUGAUUAUGAGAGGGCGCGGCCUCAGGGCUUGGGGCCAAUCAUGUACCUAGUUAGCCAUCCCCUCUCCUUGUCUAAAGGUGGGGCCCUUCCUAUAUAGCUCUUCUCGCUGCUGCUCCCACUCCUGUACCAAAGGGGUCAGAGUUUGGGUGAUGGGGCUGUUGUGAAGCUCAGGGUUACUCAUUGCCAUCAUGAGGCCUCACCUGGUAGGUGGUCCUCAGCAGCUACCUGCCUCUAGUCCUAUGAGGCAACAGUGGUGAGCACUUAGUUCCUCCUGCUCCUCCAAGUGAGGGGAGGUGGGGGUGAAGGAGGCCCCCCCAGGGCCCUCUCCUACUAGGGAGUGAGAGCCUAGCUUUUCAAACUUUGGCUUCCAGUUAAUUCAAUUAAAUCUUUAUCAUGCACCUCUACUCCAAGCUUUUGGGUUUUUGUUCUCUGUGAUUUCUUAGAUGUAGCUUAACAUCUUCCCACCCCUUUGAUGGUCCCUCCACAUGGUCCAUGAAUUGUCACCUACAGUAGGAGAUGCCCGAGCCUUCAGUGAUCUCCAGUCACCCUGAUUCGCCUCUAUUCAUGCAAAACUCACGGUAGGGCCUGAGGAGAGCCAUAAUAGCAACUAGCCUGUAGCACCUGAAGGUGUGCAAAGCGCUUUAGAAAGCAGAUCUCAUUGGAUCCUCACAACGACCUUAGGAUAGGUGCUUUAAAGACGAGGAAACUGAGGCAGACAGAAGUUCAGUGACUUGCCCAGGAUCAUACUGGUAGCUGAGACUCUGGUACACAUAUGCAAAAUCAGAGACCAUUAGGGCCCUAAUGGAGGUGAUAGUAAGAGGCAACUGAGAAAGACUUAAAUGGCCACAAUGAUAGAAAAUGGGAGGUCCUGUGCUCACAGUUUUCAGUCCAAUUUGGGGGAAGGAGAAAGAUGAUACUGGGGAAUGGAAGAAAGAAAGGGAGAGGCCUGCCCCAGAUCCCUGAGGCCUUGUGGGAUGGGGCAGAGGGAAGGGGAGCAUUUGGCUUGGCCUAACCCUUGGAUCCUGGAAAGGAGCAGGGAUGUGGCCGUUGUUCCUGUCCCCUCAGCCCCAAAGCAGUCUUCCAUCUGUGUCCCAGGCAGCCCGGCCUAGUCCAGUUCUCCAUCCUCAUUAGGCUUCGAUUCCACUGUGGGCUCCCCAAAGCAGGUCUUCUAUGACUUGUAUCCCACAGCUAGCCCCGACUGAAGGACAUUGGGGUGAAGCUGGGGCCCAGGUAUUAUAUGCCUACAGACUGUGUGUGCAGCUCCCCAGUGGCAGCAGAGAAGGCCCACUGCUCAGCUUGCCCCACUGGAUCCCCUAUGUCACAGGGCUGGCCCUGGCGACUUGGCAAAUGCUGGCCUUGUGUGUGAGUGUUCUGGGAUUGGGAGGGAGAUGGGCCACGUGCCCGAGGGGUCAUCCAUCCAUGCCUGUCUACUGGGCCUCUUGAAUUCACCCUUCAGCCACUGGAGAGCAAAUGGAGCCUGAGUCUCUAUCACCACCCUCAGCUGGCUUCUGCUUCUUAGAGUGUUUAGGGUUCCCAUGCCCUGCUGAACUCAUUCCUGUGUUGUUGACCACUUCCAUUGCUUAACCUCCUGCACCCUCCUGCUCCCCUUCCUCCAAGACUGAACUGGAAUGAAGUAUCAAAAGCCAGGAUCUGUGCACAACCUCUGACACAGCAAUAGUUCUAUACACCCAACAUAGAAGAAGAAAAAAAUACGUAUAUAUAGAGAGAAAUCUUCAGCUCUUUUUGUGGUGGCAAAGAAUUGGAAACUGUCCAUUAAUUGGGGGAUGAUUGAACAAAUUAGAAAUAAUGAUGGGAAUGGUUUUAGGGAAGCCUGCGAAGACGUAUAUGAAUUGAUAGAGUGAAGUGAGCAGAAUCAGGAUAACAUUGUAUACAGUAACAAAUAUUGGCAGGAUGAUCCACGAUGAAAGACUUAGCUACUCUGAUCAAUACAAUGAUCCCCCACAACUCUAAAGGACCCAUGAUGAAAAAUGUUGCUCACCUCCAGACAGAACUGAUGGACUCAGAGGGCAAAUCGAAGCAUUUUUUCCAUUCUCCCUUCCCCCCCCUCUCUUUUUCUGUCUCCUUUCUAUCUCUGAUGUGAGAUUUUGUUUUGCAUGACUAAACAUAUUUGUAAUGGUUUUGUUUUUCUUGUGUUCUCAGUGGAUGGGGGA